AAGGAGGAAGUAUUUGAAGAAAGUAAUGCCGGAGAUGGAACAAGACGAGAGGACCAAUAUCUCCAUGGAUACAGACUAGCUCUAUGUGUGGUUGCACUUUUGCUCAGUUUGUUCAUUAUGUCUAUAAGCCAGACAAUCAUUCUCAUAAUUCUUACCGAAGUCGGUAACAAAUUUGACGGGGUCGGCAAAAUCAACUGGAUCACUUCGGGAUAUCUUUUGGCAAUAGCUGUGCUAACGCAAACAUGGGGCAAACUCUCAAUUCUUAUUGGUAGAAAGUUGACAUUGAGCAUAUCGUUGAUAUUUUUUGAAGCAGGUACUCUACUUUGUGCUUUAUCCAACAGCAUGGAUAUGUUGAUUGGUGGAAGGGUAUUGGCUGGUGUAGGUGCUGGAGGAAUCCAGGCUUCUGUGUUUGUCGUAUUGAGUGAAGUACUUCCUAUCCAAUAUCGUACCUACGGGAUGAUGUUAAUGUCUAUGACAGGUACAACAGCUUCAAUUAUUGGUCCCUUGAUAGGAGGGGCGCUUUCAAGAGUUAGUUGGAGAUGGUGCUUCUAUUUCAAUAUCCCUAUUGGAGGAGCAGCUUUUGUAUACUUGCAACUUUUCUUCAAUCCGCCAAAGCCAAAAGGGAAGUUAUUGAAAAAGUUGAAGUUGUUGGAUUACGUAGGAACAUUACUUGUUUGCGGUGCCGCAGUAUUGAUUCUACUUGGGCUCAGUUUUGGGUCCAACCAAGAAUUUGAUUGGAAAUCUGCUCCCGUUAUUGUCUGCUUGACCGUAGGGGGUCUCCUACUUAUUGCGUUCUUGAUUUGGAACUUCAAUUACUCAAAAUAUCCACUAAUUCCGGUUGAUGUGGCUAAAUCAUGGCAAGUGGAAGCUUCGGUUUUGACAGGAUGUGCCAUGUUUGGCUACUUUUUCUCUAACCAGAUUUAUAUUUCAGUCUACUUUCAGGUUAUACACGGCUGGAAUGCUUGGGAAUCUGGACUUCAUCUCUUGCCGUUGAUUAUUUCCUCUGUGAUAAGUUCAAUCGGAGGAUCACUACUUAUCCAGAAGACCAAAUUUAUCAAGCCAUUUUCUAUAUUUGCAGCCGCUUGUGGACUCGUGGGAAAUUCCAUCUUGUAUUUGUUGGAUGUGGACUCGAAUUUAGCAAAGAUUAUUGGUUUGCUUAUUUUACCUGGCUUAUCUACGGGUAUGCAAGUCCAGUCGACAGUUAUGCUUGUUCAAGUUUCUGCUCCCAAGACUGCUGGAAGUACAAUUAUGGCUACUACAUACUACAACUUCCUUAGGACACUUUGUGGGGCUGUCGCUGCUGAUUUGGCUACGCUUACGUACAAUGAAUCGCUCAAAAGUAAAUUGACACAUGCCCUAAGUAAUAUCACUGAUCCUGCCUUGGCUCAGGAACUCAGUUCUAUAGAGUUGUCGGAAAUUUUGUCUAACACCACGAUUCUCAAUCAAUUAUCUCUGGCUGCGCAGUACUUCAUCAAAAACGAGAUUAUGGGUGCAAUCAGAAAUGUUUUCCACGUAAGUGCUGGAUUCGGAGGGUUAUGCUUGAUAGCUUCAUGCUUUCAGGUUAACCACCGGUUGCCU